CGCGCGACUGCGUUCGCUCGCGCGAACGAAAACGCGGCCGCUACGAAUGAUCGCGCUCUCCUCGCGUUGUCUCGAAUGGAGGAGCGGAGCCGGUUUUCAUCAAGCUUCCUGUUCGUCGAGCCAGUCUCGGAACGUCUGCAGCUCAUGCCGGAGCAUAUUGUUCCUAGCUUUUGCGCGUCGUAUCUCCGCGGCGCCAGUGCCUGGUAUUCAAAUCGAUUCGACGCGCGUGAGUGCCAACCAGCCGUCCACCGAGUCGAUAUAUAUAUAGUGCGAUUUCGAAAGACUCUCAUCGGAUUAUACUCGGAGUUGUUAAACAAUACAUUUCGACGAUCGCUCGCCAAACACGCCGCGGAAACUUGGAUAAACACGUUUGUUUGGCCGCCGAGCGAGCGAUUCGCGGGCGAGACGGCGAGACAGACGGCGAGAACGUCUAACGUGAUAAUUUCAAGAUAAAGAAGACGCUGACGAAGCACAAACGGGAUAAAACGAAGUGAACGCUUCACAAAUCCGCGAGCAAUUAUUAACUGUGCUUCUCAGAUAAUUAAUCGACGGAGAUACUGUAUUUGAAAAAUGUCUUAUCGUAGUUGCCUCGAUAGUUGCGCUUCGUGCUGACACGGAUCUAAAUUCGGAGGUGGGAAAUAAUCCAGCGGAGAAAGCCGGUAACAUUGACGCGAUUUCCUAUUCUUCGAGAACGAAAUAUCGAUUUUAUGAUAUUUUCGACGUCGUUUUGAACACUUUGUCAGAAGCUUUCGCCGCUGCUUUUCGUUGUUGCGAGCGCGAUCGCGGCGGCCGGUCGAGCCAAUUGAGUCGAAUUGAAGCGAACAGCCGCUGUUGCUGCCGUUUCAACGACGCUGCUUCAUCGAUCAGUAUGUUGAACCGACGUGACAAUGUAUUCUCACGGCGGGAUGCAUCGGAGGCAUCAUUAUCUGCCGACACCGGCGCUCGGACAUUUCGCCGCGCGAGAGCACACAGCUAGGUGACACUGUUUGUGAUGACAGAAUUUGUGGAAAGUUGCGACACGCGCACUCCGGAGGGAAGAUUCAGCGGGAGAUGACAUUAUCAGUGAAAUUGCCCGUCAAUUAUUUACAAACGCGAUACGCGUCAUCGUGUAAGAGGAUUGGGGGCGAGAUUCUCCUGAUGCUGGCGACUAACGACAAGUGGGCGCGCAGACAACGCUCGGUAUCGCACCAAUCGACCACCAAAUCGAAAUGAGAUAGGAAGUUUAUCCGCGUAUCUUAUCAUUUGUACAAUUCUCGGCCGCGGCAGCGCGGUCAUCCGGCACGUUUAAAUCUUCCAGCUCACCAAUGAGUCGAAUUGAAAACAGCGCGUGAUAAAGCGACGAAUUCGCUGAAAGCUGGAACGCGAAUCUCCGGGGACACAGCCCGCUCCCAUGAUACACCUGCGGCGCAGUGAUCAGAUAAUUCGAUCGAUAGGAUGGCACGUGGCGAGGCGGACCGUGGCUGGGCGUGGGCGAUCGUUGUCGGUGUGACUGUUAUCAACCUGGCGGUGCUGCCGGUGCAGCAAUGUUUCGGUCUCGUCUUCGCGGAACGUUUCGCGAGCCUCGGCAUCACCGCGACCCAAACGAGCCUGAUCCUCCACCUUAACGGGACGAUCACCUGCAGUUUGGGCCUGAUAAGCGGCCCGAUGAUGAAGAGAUUCGCUUUUCGCAAAGUCGCCUAUUUCGGCGGUCUCACGGUCGUCCUUGGGAUUUGCGCCGCUGCCUUCGCCAUGUCUCUUCCGACUCUCAUUGUCACUUAUUGCAUCAUCAUCGGUAUCGGCCAAGGUAUUAUCUUCCCGGCGACCAGCCUGGCUAUGAAUACGUAUUUCCGCAGAAAGCGCAACAUAGCCAUGGGUUUCUCGGUCACGAUGACCGGCUUGGGCCCGAUCUUGAUGCCUCUUCUGAUAGACGUGCUUCUGGAAAAUUAUGCCACGACCGGCACUCUCCUGAUCCUCGCCGGCAUCGCCACGCAUUCUCUCGUGGGUGCGUCGCUAUUGAAACCGUUCGAGGAGCGCGAAAAGGUGAGUUCAAGAGGGCUCUCUUUUCAUUUUCAGCGAUUGAUUUUGGCGAAUGAAGUUACGGACGUGUCGGGGAAACGGAAUGGCGCGAGAAUAGAAGCCACGAGCGAUGAGGAAGCAGAGCCGAGGAACGACAGCUUUCAAUGUCGUUUGAUGAACGAGGAGACUGUUUCGGAAGAGAGGAGACAGUCGAGCGUUCGUUUGGAGAACGGUAAAGCGGAGCCGGAAGAAAGGACUUCAAUCCUCAAACGGAUCGCCACGAAUUUGGACCUCGAUCUGCUGCGUGACAAUCGUUACUUAGCGAUAGUAUUAGGAAUGAGCAUCUCGCUAGUGGCCGAGGUGAACUUCAACGCAAUGAUACCAUUCGUUCUGGCCGAGCUGACGAGUCUCGAUCGCACGUCGAUUGCCACGGUGAUGUCGAUUCAAGCCGCCGCAGACAUCACCGGACGCCUCUGUGUGCCGCUCUUGGCGCAGAAAGCUGGCUGGACGUGUAGGAAUCUCUAUCUGAUAUCCCUGUUGGGGUCGACCUUUGGAAGGACUAUUCUGUCCACAUGGGGCAACUCCUACGUCGUGGUAAUCGUGGUAUCGCUGAUCGUCGGAGUGGCGAAGGGAACCAAGGCUGUCUUCCAAGCUCUAAUUAUACCCGAUUACGUGCCAUUGGAGAGGCUGCCGGCCGCAUCCGGCAUCCAGAUGGUCUGCAAUGGCAUCCUGUCUAUCAGCGUGGGACCCAUUAUCGGUGUAGUACACGACGUAAAGAACAGUUACGUGGGCGCGCUUUACUUCACGUCCUUCCUCAGUAUGUCGUGCGUCUUCUUGUGGAUGAUAAGCGGACUCUGGACUUCGUGCGGAAAGCUUUUAAGGUUGCCUCGGAGAGGCCUGCCGGUAGAGUAAGAGAGUUCUCUCGCGUGACCGCAUAAUAAUUAAUUAACUCGAGAGAGACGGCUCAAUACUCGCGGCUUACGACUGCUUUUGUGAAAGUGCUGUAUGUUGAAGAUAUAAGAUUUAUACUGAUAUAAUGUUGAUGUACCAUAAUAAUUUGUACGCAUAAAGGCACACAUUAACGGAUGCACGCACACAGUUAUAAAUAUAGCACUGCAAAUCAGUACUA